ACAUUAUGGCGAUUAAUCACUCCUCCAAAGACACAUUACAAUCUACUGAUUCCAAGUUCUGUGAAUGGAAGACAAAAACAGACUUGUAUACUCUGCUCGUUUUCGGAAAGCUACACUAAAAUGUUAGACACACCUCCCAUAUACUGCUGCUUCCUCCAGAUGUGGAAUGCUUUCUCCUUCCCAACCGGUGAGCCUAGGAUCUGGAGUCUCGGGGGACAGUACUUUACAACAAAAGGGCAAACGGAGCCCAGAUGUGAGUCUGAACCACAAAAUGACCAUGGGAUUCCCUAUGACCCUAUGUAUUGUCCUUGCUGUUACUUGUCCCAAAACGUUGGCUCGAUACACCACAGAGUCUGAAUAUGGAAGUGGAGAGGGAGAAGUCACAACUUUAGUUUCUCCUACUCAAAACCUGGACUUGGGUGAACUAACAACAGAAAAUUCCAUCAAAAAUGGGAAUGGCACAACCACCAAUUUCAUGGAUAGUGUAACUAAGUUGUUAAAAGAUUACAUGUUGCUCAUUAUCGUGGUGGGUUCUUUAGUCAUCUUGCUCAUAUUUAUAGUUUGUGCAUCAGUGAUUAUGAGUCAUAAACGCAAAGCAUCUGCCUAUUACCCUUCCUCAUUCUCCCACAAAGAGUAUGUCAACCACAAUGACACAAGCGGAGGAGUAAAGUCCUUUAAUGAGAUUCCCGAAAAAGGCCAAAAUUCUAAAACCGAAGAAGUUGUAGACUCAACCAAACAACUACAAUCUGAUAUCAUUAAUGCUGCACUGAACCUUAAAUCUCCAACCAAAUGUGCCAGCAUCAAAGAAAAUGAAAAAGUCCCAGGCGAACCCAAAGAAACCACAGAGACAUCUAAUGAAGAAAACACAGAAGAAGCCACUAACAACAAAAGUGAAGAAAAUGUCAAAACCCAAGAAGAAUCUCCAUGUGAGAAAGUGGAUGAGGCUCCACCAGAGCCUCCUGAGGAACCUAAACCAGCAGGUGAAUCUCCAGAGGCCCCAGCUAAGGAAAAUGUUCCAGCAAUUAAAGAAGAAGGUUCUGGAACUGUGGAAGAGGCAAAUCCUGUGCCGCCUGAGUGCGGAACAAAAAACACCUGUCCUUGUGAAAGUAAAGAAUCUGAGCCAACCCCAGAAAAAUGUGGGGUGUAAAAUAAAUAUUAGUAGUAAAAGACAUGAAAAUGAAAUCUAACUUGAGCUAAUAUGCAGACGGUUCUCUACGCAACCCAGAAAGCAGGUGUUAUAUCCACAGACAAUGAAUUGUAGCACUUAACUGUACACCGCAGUCAUGAACUUUUUGUUAUUUUUUCUGGUAUGUUUCAGGAAUAGGGCAAAGAUGACUCCACACAGAUAUUUUUGUUUUUUAUGUACGGUAAUGACUCUGUAAAGUGGAGAGUUAAAGUAGUGGUGUUCAUCCAAGUUUAAUUUAUGGCUCACACUGCAAUUACAAUGCAUAAUCAAUUAUAUUAGGCAACGGUGACCUAAUCUCUAUAUACUUUAGCUGUUUUUCCACAUGCAUAAGAACCCUUUGCAUGGAUCUGAAUUGCCUCUUAUUUGCUUAUAUUAUAUAUCAACUCAAACGUGUACAGUUCAUUUGAUCUACAGAUUCAUAUUCAAAGACUCUGGAAAAUAAAUAGGCAAAUGAAAAAUACUGCUUGAGGUGUAAGAUACUAUGGUUAGUUUCUUAUUCUUUCAAUUCUAUUAAUCCAUUUUAUUGAAUUUAUAGGGAGAGAUUAUCAUAAAUUAGUCAUAAAUUGUCAUAAAUUAGGCGUAUCCUCUGGCAGUGCAAGAGGUUUGAAAGACCGGUGUAAAACAUAGAGUCUGUCAGCAGUUUUGUAUUAGGGACCAGGGAGGGCAGACAGCAUGGAGAGUGUGAAUAUGAACUUUUAUUCUGCCAGAUUCUGAUCCUGUAAGUGUCCAUGGGGCAGGGCUUUAGGUAAUUUUGUGGAAUGGGUGCAGACCUAUUCAUUUCAAUAGGGCUGCAAAAGAUGCGGACAGCACACCGUGUGCUGUCUACAUCCGUAGUUCUGUUCCGCUGCCCCGCCAAAAAGAUAGAGCAAGUCCUAUUCUUGUCCACAAUCGAAGACAAGAAUAUGCAUUUCUAUCAUAGGGCUGGCCAUGUGCGCUCAGCAAAAUGCGCAAUGCACACGGCCAGUAUCUGUGUUUUGCGGAUCCACAAUUUGCAGACCGCAAAAAACAUACAGUUGUCUGAAUGUAGCCUUACUAUGAAGUGCUUUCUGCAUUGAUCUGCCACACUGCCCCUCCCCUCUACAAUGAGUGACAGCUGUAGCAUCCAAUCACGGACACCGCUACAUCUGUCACUCAGAGGGGAGGGGCUGUGAAGAGCAGUUGACAGUGAAGCUAUUCUGCCUCUGUACUUGCAGGAGCAAUGCCAGGUAGAACAAAAGUUCAUAGUCACACUGCUCCUGAUAAUAAAAGUCCUGCAAAAAGUAUGUUUGUCCUCCUCUUCCCGACCCAUACAUAGUGAUAUCAGCAGUUUAACAUUGCAAAUGUGGCUCUCCUCAUUCACUGCUAUAGAACAUCUGAAAAUAGCCAAAUGUACUUACUCAGCUUUUUAUGAAAGUUCUAUAUCCCGUGCAUAUGUCCAGGUGGGAAUACCCAUUUAAGCCUAACUGUUCAAACUAAUGUACAGGGCCAGCAUCAAGCAAACCUGGGCAUAUGCCAAGUCAUGGACUUAUGGAGAUACAGGGCCCAUUUGUGACUUAUACCAUCACCAUGCAAACAAGUCAGUAUGAUUAUGGUGUGAAUUUACAGUCACGUCCAUAUGAUGUGGGGUUUAUUUUUCAGUUUAGAAUGAAGGAAUAGAUCCAUGUAAAUUCUGAAUUGGACCCUGUGAACAGCUAUGCAGACUGGUAUAUAGGCCCCGUAUAGCCUGAGCCAUUUAUUUCAACUUGAUGCAGCUGUUUGCAGCAUGUUAAACCUCAUCUUUUAAGAAGGCAAUGCUGUUUUUAAUGAAAUGUUCUGCCUUACACAGUAAAUUCUUUAUACAGUAUAUACCUGUAUAUAUACAUACACAUAUACACGCACACAGUAUAUUAAAGCAGCCCUCCGGUUAAGGGGGCAAAAAAUGAACACAUUAACUGGGCAAUGGACAGAUCAUUUACAUGGUAACCUCUUUUAGUGGCAGAUCCACUAAUUCUCAGGCCACACAGCUUCUCAGACUAUCUGCUAUACACUGCGAAUCUGUAGCCCAAGACAUGUCCUACUUGUCCAGCCCUGCUCUUCGAUUGUCCAGAACAGUUCAUGUCAGCAGUGCUGGCAAAUCCAAGGGCAGGAGGAAGCAUCUUGGGCUACAAAAUGCACAGAAUGCAAAGGGCAGUCUGAAAAGUGGUGCGGCCAUCUUGGAUGGCAGAAGAGGAGACCCGGACUUUAAAACUCAAACGAGAAAUUCUAUUGCGUGAGAAAAUCCAACAUGGAACCUUGAACUGCAAUAGGUCUACCAACAUAUUAGCCCCAUCAAAUUUUAAAAUCAUAGGGCUCUGCAUGGAAUACGUGCAUAUCUGUGCAUGAAGCGCGCAGGAGUUGGUAGUUUUAUAGAUAGAAUUGAACAGAAUUAGUUCACAUCAUCGUUAUUUUUCAGCUCUUCUGAUCUGUCAGAAGAACAGAAAAUUAAGGGGAAAAAAAGGUUUCUGAGCAUCAGUUAUGCACAUUUGGCAUCCAUUUGAGCCAUUUCCGUUACAGAUCUGUUAUUUUAAACGGAAAAAAGUCCUGCAUACUGCAUGUUUUUUUUCUUUAUUUUUCUGUUCUUCUGAUGGAUCAGAACGGAAAAAUAACGGUGAUGUGAACCUGGCCUUAGAGAUUAUGAGUGUAGUUCCCUUCUGUAGGCCUCGUUAGAACCUAAAACUAGAUAUAAUAAAUGUAUUUAUAUUUUUGCGUAUACUUUUCUACAGGUGAUAAAUAAUGUAUUUAUAUAAAACAAAACACAUUGGGCGGCAUUCAUUAUCAGAUGGUGAUCCCACAGGAUGGAUAAGGGUAACUAAGCUUUUUAAGGAAGGCUUACAAUUUUUGGUGCUACAAAGUAAUGGAUGACUUUAAAGGGGUUUUCUAGGACAGUGAUGGCUAACCUCCGGCACUCCAGCUGUGGUGAAACUACAACUCCCAGCAUGCUCCAUUCAUUUCUAUGCCAGUGUACAUCUUGGGAGUCGUAGUUUUACCACAGCUGGAGUGCCGGAGGUUAGCCGUCACAGGUCUAGGAUUUUGGUAUUUAAAUAUCAAAUUGGUGGGCAUCUGACACCUCAAACCCCUGCCAAUCAGUUGUUUAGUUGUAGUUAUGGUACCAGAACUACAAAGCUCAAGUCUAUUGUGUAGUAGACGGAGCUGAUAACUGCUGCGCAAGUGAAUGGAAGCAACGCUGCAGCUACAACUAAACAGAUGACUGGAGGGUGUGCAGGGUGUGGGACCCCCGCCAAUCUGAAAUUGAUGGCCUUUCCUGAGAAUAGCAAAUCAAUAUCAGAAUACCGGACAACUUUUUAAGUGCUAUAUCCACCUUCAAAACAAUUUUUUUUUAUUGUCCCAGUGCAUCUGAAAUGAGAAAUGAAUCAACUGUAUAGUAGGCUGCAACACAAAUUUCCUACCGUUUUGUUUCUACAGCUCGUAUACAGAUCUAUGAGUGUCCAUGGUAACAGACAACAAAAGGAUCCUGUAAAGUAGCGGUAAAAAAAUGUAGCAGCGUAGCCCAGGCCUCCCUUCUAUCUGUCCUUUACAUCUUGCAACCCUACCAAACAUACGUUAGUAGGGGAAAAAUGCAAGAAACAUGACUGCAGGUUGAGACAAUACGGGGUUUGUUUGUUGUCUGUUACCAUGGAGACACAUUGACCCAGAUUUACUAACGUGACUGUGCCUUGAAUCUAUGUAUAAAAGUUGAGCAAUUUGGCACAAUUUCUUUCAACCCUACUUGAAAAGGGGGUGGGGCUUAGCAGCGGGGUGCGGGACUUUAUUGCAAAGGGUUCAGAGCCUAAACUGGAAUACCCGCCACUAACUAGGCCAACCAAUAGAUAGUGUAAACAUGGAUAUGCAGUCUAAACAUAUGUCAGAUUACCAUACAACUUGAGCCACCGUGAUAAAUCUACCACAUUGUAGCGUAAGGCUACAUGGUGACGUGUCAUGCCAUAUUUUAGCUAAUGCUUGUCAAUGGUGUAAUAAUGCAACAAGCAACAUGCUGCAACUGCAAAAAUCGCUUGAAAUUCAGACGUCUGAUUUUGUGUUGUACGUCGUAAGUCCCACGUAAUGUUUCCCCCAUUGAUUUAAUGAAAGUUGGGUGUAACAUGCAACCCACAUCUGGCUUGGUUGUAUUUCCACAGCCAAGUGCCAGUUCUAAAAUAGCUGUGCAACAGCAAGCUGCAGACAAGUCGCACAUCAUUUUGUGUUGCCUGACUUUUCUGCGUCACAUGUCGCCGUGCAGCCGUACUUUUAACUUGUCCAAGUUUACCCUGUGUAACUAAUGAUAGGUUGUAGCCAUUGUUUGCAUAGGAGCAGUAGAAACAAACAGGGAGAUUUAUCAAACUAGUGUAAAGUAGAACUGGCUUAGUUGCCCAUAGCAACCAAUCAGAUUUCACCUUUCGCUCCUUUGAAAAAUUAAAGGUGAUAUCUGAUUGGUUGCUAUGGGCAACUAAGCCAGUUCUACUUUACCCCAAUUUGAUAAAUCUCCCCCAAAGUUUUAAUCAAAGGGGUUUCUCACAAUACAGAUGCAUCCUCUAUCCACACGACAGGGCAUAAGAAUCUGAUUGUUGGGGUCCAAUCCCUGGUAAACCAGCCAAUUGCAAAUUUGCCUCAUUAAGCCAUAAAAUACAUAUCGUUGUGAAGGUGGACAUGGUCUUUAAACUUUUAAUCUGUGACUCUAUCUAAUGCUUAAAUACAUAUAUCUGUACAUACUAUGUUGUUAAACAUGAGUUAUUAGUAAUAAAACAUUUGAACUCAUCCUA